GACUCCAUGAAGCUUAGGAUCCAAGAUGAACUAGAAGCCAGUGCUCUAGUCCCCUCUGACCUACUGUGCUAUCAGCUGGAGAAGGUUCCAAAGGCCCCCACCAGCACUAACAGCCCCCAAUGCCCAUUCUUUUUCCCUCAGAUGCUCACAUAUAUUCUGAGCUUCCUGCCUCUGUCAGAUCAGAAAGAGGCCUCCCUCGUGAGUCGGGCUUGGUGCUGUGCAGCCCAGAAUGCCCUUCGGGAGCAACCAGGCCUUACCUUCCUGGACCUCAGCGGCUGCUCAGAACUGGCUGACGGGGCACUCUUGGCUGUGAGCUGGGGCCUGCGGCGCCUGUGGCACCUGAGCCUGAGGAAGCUGCAGCGGCUGACGGAUGCAAGAUACUCAGCCCUAAGGGGCCUGCGGGAGCUGCAGAGCCUCGACAUGGCCGAGUGCUGCCUGGUGAGAGGGCGGGAAUCGGCCCAGGCCCUGGGCUUGGUGUGCGGAGCUCCACACCCACUGGCCUCCCUCAGCCUGGCCUACUGCUCCUCACUCAAGGACGCCUCAGUGCUCUCCCUGAUGCCAGCACUGGGCCCAAGCCUCAGGGUUCUAGACUUAUCCUCCUGCGUGGCCCUCACCAACCGGACCGUGCAGGCCAUCUGCACCUACCUCACCCACCUGUCAGUCCCGCACCUGGCCUGGUGCAAGGAGCUCCGUGACCGGGGGCUUCUGGGCUUGGGGCAACCAAGUGAGGAGACUCUGCAGGGGCCGCAGGUGUGGGACCCUCGAGGUCAUGGCAGGCGGGGCGGUCCCUGGGCUCAGCUGCCCUCCUGCCCCUCCUGCGCCUGUCUCUGGGAGCAGCUGAAGGCCAAACUCAGGAGGAAUCUGGGAAGCAGGGGCUUCCUCUCACAGCCACCCCGAGAGCUGGGCAUCGGGCCUCCAGCCGCAAAAGGACCCUUCUCCCUGGCCAUAGGGCCCGCCCUAGUCACGCUGCAGGCCCUACGGGACUUGGACCUCACAGCCUGCAGCAAGCUGACUGAUGCCAGUUUGACCAAGGUGCUCCAGGUCCCCCAGCUGAGGCGGCUGUCACUGAGCCUGUUGCCAGCACUCACAGACAAGGGCUUGCUGGCUGCGGCCAGAGGCUGCCCCAGCGUGGAGCGCUUGGUGCUGAGUCACUGCAGCCGCCUCAGCGACGAGGGCUGGGUCCAGGCAGCCGGCUCCUGGCCAAGGCUGCAGCACCUCAACCUGUCCAGGUGCAGUCAGCGCUCGGAGCAGUGAUGGCCUCCCUGCGGAACGCUGGGUUCCACUGGGCAGGCGUGCAAGCAGCUCCGGAUGGCAGAUGUGGCCAUGUGUCCUGGCAUUAGCAUGGCUUCCGUCAGGCGCUUCCAAGCCCAACUGCCUGAGGUGACCUGCGUCCAGUCCCGCUUCGUGGGAGAGGCUGACCUGACCCUAACACUCUGA